CUUUGUGGCCUCACUGCCACUUGCACCUCUUUUGCUUUCCUACCAAAAUAAUCAUCUCAGCCCACCUUGGGUUAUGAUUUGUCAUUGUGUGUUGUUCAUUCAUUCAUUCCAGACCAUAUUAUAAAGGACCAUCUUUUCCAAUAUCUCUGAGGAAGAAAAGAAGGGGGGAAAACAGGGAGGCGAUAGUCCCAUUCUUCUUGUUGGCUGACCAUGGGUUGAAUUCAACUCAUAGCGACUCUAUGUAGUCUUGAAUAUCCAGGACCAAUUGUCGCUCCCAUCUAGACCCACUGACUUAUUGGGACACCAAAUCACUAGGAACCUGCUGGUCCUUGUUCUGCUGAGCUUGAAGAAGAGGAAGCAAGAAGGGAGGUGAUGAAUGAAGACAUACGAAUCCAUACAUGGCCUUGUUCAUAUUACAUCAACUCUGAAAAAAGAUGGGUUUCUGGCAAACUCUCUCUGACUCCCAUUUCAGUCCGAUUUACAGCUGACAAAUCUGGAGAGCUCCUGGCAAGCUUCCAUCUUUCCAGUAUCAGUGAGAUCAAGAAGGAAUCAUCACACUUCAUCUUCAGCUCCCUCACUAUUUUGGAGAAUAGCACUAAGCACUGGUUCAGUUCCCUUCAGCCCAACCGAAAUGUGGUCUUCAAUGUCCUUGAGCACUUUUGGAGGGAGCAGCUGCUCUCCACUGAGGGGGCUGGAGCUCAGGCUGUUUGUCCUCAGACAUCCAAGGGGAAGGAGUUGACCGGCUUGUUGAUGUCUUCUGAGAAACGCCUAGGAGACACUGCGAAGGUGCUUGAGCACCAGGGCGAACAGUUUGACAACAUCAUGAAGGGGCUAAACAAGAUUGAAUCAGAGAUGGAUGUAGCAGACAG